AUGGCUUCCGAUACGUUACGUUUGUUUACAUUUGUGGUUUUCUGUGCUCUUAGCGCUUCUGCGAACACCACAGUCGACUGGUGGGAGUCGGCCACACUUUAUCAUAUCUAUCCUCGAUCGUUUAUGGACAGUGACGGUGAUGGUGUAGGUGACUUGAAUGGCAUUACAUCUCGCUUGGAAUUUCUUAAGGAAAUAGGUGUGACUGCUGCAUGGCUUUCGCCUAUCUUCGAAUCACCGAUGGCAGAUAUGGGUUAUGAUGUAGCUAAUUUUACCAAAGUUGCUGAACUGUUUGGUACAAUGGAGGAUUUUGAUGCAAUGAUUGCAAAGGCGCAUAAAUUGGGUAUAAAGAUGAUAUUGGAUUUUGUUCCAAAUCACUCAAGUGAUGAAUGUGAGUGGUUCCAGAAGUCGGUACGCCGUGAAGAAGGUUACGAAGAUUUCUAUGUAUGGCAUGAUGGCAAAAUCGACCCAGAAACGGGCGAGCGUAGUGUGCCAUGCAAUUGGGGAGCAGCUUUUAGUAGUUCCGCAUGGACUUGGAAUGAAGAACGCCAACAGUAUUACUUACAUCAGUUUCUACCCAAACAACCGGAUUUAAAUCUCACAAAUCCAGCAGUGCGCGAACGUCUAAUCGAGGUUUUGGACUUUUGGCUUGAUCGAGGAGUGGACGCUUUCCGUAUUGAUGCAGUACCAUUUUUCGUUGAAUUUCGUUAUGAAAAUGGUUCAUAUCCAGAUGCGCCAUCCGGCAGAGGAAACGCUUAUGCGCAGAAUCGACCAGAAAGUGUGGAGUUAUUAUACGAAUGGCGUGAGUUUUUAGACGAAUACCAACAAAAACAUGGCGGCGACACAUUACCACAAAUUGCCGAAGCUUAUACCACUACUGAGAUUUUGAGCACUUAUGUCAGCAAUGGCACUCAUAUUGGAAGUCAAUUGCCAAUGAAUUUUAACUUUAUUCAAUUAAGAGAAAGUUCCACUGCACAGACUGUUGAAGAAUACGCCAAAGAAUGGAUGGAUAUAAUGUGGACGAAUCAUAAGGUGGCCAAUUGGGUAAUAGGAAACCAUGACAACAGUCGUCCAGCCACACGCAUAGGAGUACCUAGGACAGAUUUGAUGACGAUGAUAGGGCAUGCAUUGCCCGGCACAUCUGUUACUUAUUACGGAGAUGAGAUCGGCAUGACUGAUGGAGACAUCGACUGCACAAUAAGUUGUGACUUCCGAGACCCAGAGCGUACUCCCAUGCAAUGGGACACUUCAAAUAAUGCUGGCUUUAGCACUGGAAACUCCACUUGGCUACCCGUCAAUCCUAACUACUCAUAUCUCAAUGUACAGACUCAGCGAGGCGUGGCACGUAGCACCUUGAACAUAUACAAGGGAAUGACCAGUUUGAAACAAACGGAAGCAUUCAAGGCGUUCAAAGAAGAAGGUGGAUUUUCGUAUGGAGCUUUGAAGGAGCAGGUCUUUCAAGUUGUGAGAACUGCCGUCGGUCGUGAGGAGUACCGUUUACUAGCUAACUUCGGUAGCCAGAUAGAAUAUUUGGACGGUUUGACGAAUAAGACUAUGGAGUACGUGCUACUCACUUCCUAUUCACCACACAAAUAUGGCGACAAGGUCGAUUUAAGCCAACGAAUUUAUUUGAUGCCAUAUGAAGCGGUAAUUUUGCGAUGGACUGCGUAAAUUACAUUUGUAUGUAUGAGUAUCGGCAGUUCAAGCUGAUUGUCCAAACUUAUUUUCUAAAGUAUUUUAGUAGUACUGGCUAGAGCAAUUUCGAGUACAU